GUGAAUUUGCAUUAUCAUGUCAAGGCCUGUUGAGAGAAUAGCAGAGAUCAAUGAUGGAAAAGAGCUUUGGAAGAUUGUUGUUAGGAUUCACCACCGAUGGAAAGUUGUCUCCAACAGCAAGGAACAUUUUGAAAUGAUCUUUGUUGACAAAUUGGGAGAUGAUAUUCAUGCUGUUGUUCCAGCACCGCAUGUGUCGGUUUUCACCGAAAAAUGCUUAUUAGGCCAUACUUAUACUGUAUCUAAUUUUAAGGUGGUGCCUUAUGUUCUGGCCUUCAGGGCAUCGGGACACAGAUAUAUGAUAAAGUUUACUGCUGGAACGUCUGUUCUUGAUGAAGACAAACAUGAGAUACCCGCGAAAUCGAUUUUAUUUACAAGUUUUUCAGACAUCAUAACAGGGAGGUUUGACAAACAUGUUCUGAUUCAUGUCAUUGGAAUGGUGGAUAGUAUUGGUUAUGCGCAGACUGAGUCAGGUGCAAAGAAGCAGCAAAUUAGCAUGAUGUUGCGUGAUCACAGCAACAACAUGUUGAACUGUACUCUGUGGGAAUCAUACGCGGAUCAGUUCAUCAAGUUUAACAAAGUUAGGGUUGCUGCAUCACUACCUACAGUUGUGUUGCUUCAGUAUGCCAAAGUGAAGGAAGAAGGAAAGUAUCCUCUGUCUGUGACAAACACCUACAAUGUGAGCCUUUUAUGUGUUGAUGCUGAUUUUCCGAUCAUGAAAGACUUUAUUAAUAGGUAUGUUGAUAGUGUCAUCCAUUUUAUGCAAUUAUUUUUUCAUGUAUGA